CGAGUAGUAGAGUGAUUACGGCAUUGGUUCCUGAGGUUGUUUUGGUGUCAUGGUGUUCUGGAUCAUGUCAGGCGGGUUCUGCAGGGGUUCUGCUGUGCUCUGCAGGCUCUCCUCGGUGUUCAGGAGUGUUUCUGCUGGCUCGGUUCGGUUCGGCUCGGGCUGUCAGGAGCGGGUCUGCCGGCCUCUGCUGUCCGGGACUGUGGACCGGUUCGGCGGCGUGACGGUCCGAGAGUUUCCGCCGGACAUCAGCGAGGACGAGUUCGCGGAGCUACUGAGCGUGUCUCUGCAUCAGUGGCGUUCGGAGCAGCGGGUGGCUGUGUGGCUCCACGUCCCCCUGGCUCUCAGUAGAGUGUGUUCUGCUGCUGCUCGUCACGGGUUCCUCUUCCAUCACGCUCGCGGGGACCGGGCCGUUCUCAGCCUGUGGGUCGGACCCGGAGACGACAGGCUCCCCGCCUAUGCCACACAUCAGGUCGGAGUCGCAGGUGCUGUUGUGGACGAAUCCAACGGGAAAGUGCUUGUUGUUCAGGACAGGAAUAAGACUAUGAAUGCUUGGAAGUUUCCCGGUGGUUUAUCAGAUCUUGGAGAAAACAUCGGAGAGACGGCCGUUCGAGAGGUUUUCGAAGAGACCGGGAUCCGAUCUGAAUUCCGAUCUCUCCUCAGUAUUCGCCAGCAGCACAAUCACCCGGGAGCGUUCGGGAUGUCCGACAUGUACCUGAUCUGCAGACUCAGCCCGCUCUCGUACGACAUCGACUUCUGCACGCAGGAGUGUGUGCGCUGCGAGUGGCUGGACCUGCGCGAGCUCGCCGACACCAGCGAGACCACGCCGAUCACCAGUCGCGUCGCCAAACUCCUGCUGUACGGACUGGGAACGGGCUUCCACAACAUUGACCUCGCGAUGGAGACGCUGCCGGCUGUUUACUCCGGCAUGUUUUAUCAGCUUUAUCACAGAGACACCACACACUCUUCACAAUAAAGAUCCCAAUUAGAACCGGGAA